AUGCUCACCAUCGAGGUCUCCCUCAGCCAACCUCCCGAGAAGAUGUUCAUCACCUUUGUGUACACAAAAUGCUCCCAGAUCUUGAGAAAAAAGCUUUGGGAAGAUCUGUCCCUGUUUAGUGUGGGGUGUCACUCCCCUUGGGCUGUCGGCGGUGACUUCAACGCCAUUACUUCGCAAUCUGAAAGACUGGGUUUGCCUUUGUUUGAUGCCAGGAGUGUGGCUGAUUUUGUGGAUCUCUUGGCUUCCGUAGGCCUGUCUGAUGCGUUAUUCUCUGGCAAUCGCUUCACUUUGGGUAGUAGCCAAUCGAGUCAUCCUAGGGUUUGGGCCAGACUAGACAGAGUUUGUUGCAACUCUCAAUGGCUGCAAUCAUUCCCAUCCUUUCAUGUUAACCACCUGCCUAGACAUAAUUCAGACCAUGUGCCUCUACUUCUGAUUUUUCCUGAGCCCCAUCCUCAGGGUCCCAAGGCCUUUCGGUUUCAACGUAUGUGGUGCUCUCAUAGUGGCUUUCAUAAUCUUAUCCAAGAUGUUUGGUUUACGGCUGCGAUAGGGAACCUGAUCCAAAUUUUCAUCGCCAAGUUUAAGGCUGUUAAGCUUGCUCUUAAACACUGGAACAAGGUCACCUUUGGGAACAUCUUCAGCCAAAUCCAAUCAACUGUGUCGGACCUCAGCCGUGCCGAAGUGGUGGCAUUUGACGCCCCUUCCCCGGAAGCCCAAUAG